AUGUAUAGUAACGAACACACAAUGUAUUCGUUAAGCUCUACGCCUAUUCUGCCAUUAAAGGCCAACACUAACUAUACGGUGCAGUUGUGUGCCAUUAAUCUGAGCGGUUGCGGCUCAUGGACUCCCAUUGACUCCAACGCCAAGUGCUCGACCGGUCCUCAUCUUCAGCACCACUUUCCCGACAUUCGGUUAGAGACGACCGGAUCUAUGGGUCAGUUAAAGCUGGUGUUUCCCCGAGUGUCCGAACGGUUCGGUUCGGUCACCUGUUAUCGCGUGUUUGUCGUGAAACUACCCUUCGGUUACACACUAUCAGACCUGAGCCCCUAUAAGCCAUCGGAGCUCAACCUAACCAGUUAUGCGAGAGUACAUUACCAUCAAGUGUUCAAACCGGAGGCGUAUAUCGCCGACGAAAUACCAUCGCAUGAAUUCAAUAACGAAGUAAUAAUAGGCGACCGAAAGUAUACGAGUUGUUUGGAUGUGGAGAAAGACAAUCUGGCGCUGAAUGGGGCGGAGGAGGAGCUGGUGUCUAAUGGGGGUGAAGUGAUCGAUGAUGGCCCAUUAGCCGAGCUCACCAAUUACACCGGUUUUGUCGAAAUACACGUCUUGGGCGCUAAUGGAGUCAUUUUACGCAAACAGAGCGCGUAUUUGAGUCCAAUUCAGACCACAUCCUCGCCGUUGCUAUCGAUGCCGACCUCAACCAACGCUGUGUCGCCCCUCCUGUCGUCGAUCGGCAAUCCCAGCACUACUACUAUCCUGUUAUGCCUUAUUAGCGGCGUUGCCGUCAUUUUGUUGAUUAUAAUUUUGAUACUAUGGCUACUAAUCCGUCGCAACAGUGACUCCAAUAGCGGCGGACACGCCGUCAGGACUCACGACAAACUCAAUUCAAUUCAACGCUCAAAACACGUUCACUCGAACGGCAUUGUUAUGAAUGGAGUUUUGCCGACAACAACGACAACGCGGACACUGAAUGGCGGCCACGUGUCGGUGCACUCGGCCGACAGGGAGGGCGACAAUCCCGUUGUGGCCAUUCAUGUGAUUAAUUUGCCGCAAAUAUUUCGCGAAAGAAGUGCUCAAAAUAAUCGCCUCUUCGAAGUGGAGUUCGAUUCGUUGGCCAAAUGUUUCGCCGACAGGACGUGUCUGAGCGGCGAACUCGCGGACAACGUGCCGAAGAACCGCUGUCCGGAUGUCAAGUGUUUUGACGAAACGCGGGUCCGUCUGUCGCCGAUCGACGGACAGCCGCACAGCGAUUACAUAAACGCAAACUUUGUCUCCUAUAACCAAAAGUUGUACGUCUGUUGUGAGGGACCGCUCGAGUCGACUGUCAAAGACUUUUGGCGAAUGAUCUAUGAAUACGAGUGUUCAGUGAUUGUGAUGUUAACGGGUUGUGAAGAACAGGGGUCUGAGAAAUGCGCUCAGUAUUGGUCUGACGACGGCAUCAAAACCAUUGAUAAUCAGUUCACGGUUUGUGUGCAAAGUGUUCGCAUUUAUUCCGAUUAUAUCAUACGUCGGUUCCAGUUGUCGACCAUUGAUCACAGAUAUACCAGAGAUGUCCUGCAGUUUCAUUACAUGAUGUGGAAAGACGUGUCGCCCACAGAGCUCUUGCCGUCGGGUAUAUUAAGGCUUAUAAAACACGUGAACGAACACUACUGUCCAGACAGAGGGCCUAUAGUUGUCCACUGCUCCACCGGUUUGGGCCGAUCGCCCACUUAUAUCGCCAUCGAUUCACUAUUGCCUGAAAUCAUAUCCGGUUUCGUCAAUAUCUAUGAGUGUGUACUCAAUCUUCGGUACCAACGGAACCAAUGCCUCCACACCGCAGACCAAUACGUCUUCAUCUAUAGAGCGCUUCUGGAGUUCGCUAUCUUUGGCGACACCGAAGUAGAUGUCGAACAAUUCGAAACCUAUUAUCAGCAAAUAAUUGAGGAGCAAAUAGAUAACGUGAAUCUACUUAAUACACAAUUUGAUAGACUGGAGUUUACAGUAGAGGAUCCGAAAUCAUGUGAAUACGGAUUAUUGCCUGAGAAUAUAGAUAAAAAUCGGUUCACUCAUGUCAUCCCAUAUGAUAUAAAUCGCGUUAUUUUGCCCACAAAUGUGAACAAAGAUGAGUCCAAUUAUAUCAACGCAUCGCUCAUUCAGGGUUACGACCGAUACCUGUCAUUCAUCGCCACUCAAGACCCUCUCGAGUCAACUCUCAAAGACUUCAUUUGUAUGGUAUACGAAGAGAACGUAUCGGUGAUUGUGAUGCUAUCGGAGGCGACAGAUGUCUGUUACUGGCCGUCAACGGAGUCAACGUAUGGUAAUUAUAGCGUAAAGUUGAUGAACAGACGGCCAGAGCAGCGGUCGUCGGCGCGCAUAUCGGCUCUGGAGCUGAACGUAUCAAAGCUGUCGUCGAGUGUGACUGAGACGAGCGGUGAUGGCGUCACUCCUGUCCAACACGGGGUCACUCUCUAUCAGUUGUACGGCUGGAGUGAUCCCAUUAUACCGGAGACAGCGUUCGCUGUAAUAGAGUUAUGCGAAACAGUGCUGAAUGAGUGUCGGAGUAAAUCACCGAUUCUGGUCCAGUGUUGCAACGGUGCCCAGAGAUGCACUCUUUUCAUUUCACUGCUCAGUCUUUUACAGCAAAUUAAAGUCGAUAAGAGAGUCGAUGUCUUUCAGACGGCCAGAGCUACUAAAAUGCAGAGAUGUUCAGCGUUUCAACGCUUCGAAGAGUACGCCUUCUUAUACACAGCACUUAUGGAUUAUAUCUUAUCGCGAAAUCUUUGCGACACAAGUGAUGUUGUUUUAUAACUACUGUCCAAAGGAAUGGCAAUUGUCUUAACGCUGAAGACAAUUGAAGAGAUGUUAUUAGAGAUAUGGCAUAUGUAUGGGAGAGAGUGAGUGGUCCGGCCGUCACAUCGUAUAAAAGUUUUGCCGAUAAAACGGCUGAACAUUUUUUCUGCAAUUUAGAUGUUUAUCUGAUUUAAUA